AUGCAAUGUGUCGGAAGGAAAGAAAUCGAUCGUGGAUUCGAAAGGUUAGUGAUGAAAAUCUACUUCUGCGGUAGCAUUCGUGCGGGUCGUUCGGAUGCACCACUUUACCGGGCUAUAAUCGAAAAACUCGGUACCUACGGCAAAGUAUUAACCGAACAUAUUGGUCUUGACCAACCAUGGAAUGCGGCUCAUCUCAGCGACUUCGCUAGCGGUCAAGGAGACAUCAACAAAGAUAAAAGGAUUUUUGAAACUGAUCUGGACUGGUUGCAUUCAGCAGAUGAUACAUCUGCGGUUGAGCAGAAAACGAUUAUCGAAUUGGGAACGCUGAAAACUGCCAAUACUUUUAGCCUGAUUACAGUUGUUGUUGCCGAAUGUACCGUUCCAUCGUUAGGCGUCGGUUUCGAGCUGGGUGUCGCUUGGAAGCUCAACUUACCAACGUUGAUACUUUAUCGACCAAACGAUGCUCAAGUUGCAGGAUUGUCAGCAAUGGUGCGUGGGGUACCAUCAGAUAAAUGGAAAAUUGUCGAAUACAAAGAAGUCAAUGAACUAGACGGAAAUUUUGCUAUAUUCUUCGAACAGCAUAAUUCCAGCAGUUGA